AUGGCUCCGAUUCCGCCAGAUAACGGCGUAGAAGGAGACGAUGAGAGAGAGGAAGAGGGCGAAGAAGAAGAAGAGGAAGAAGAGGAAGAAGAAGAAGAGGAAGAGGAAGAGGAGGAGGAGGAGCCGAGGCUAAAGUACCAGCGAAUGGGAGGCAGCAUUCCUACGCUGUUGACGAGCGAUGUGGCUACGUGUAUCGCCGUCGCGGAACGAAUGAUCGCGCUCGGAACUCACGGGGGCACCGUUCAUAUUCUCGAUUUUCUCGGGAAUCAGGUUAAGGAAUUCCCUGCUCAUACUGCUGCAGUGAAUGAUCUUAGCUUUGACAUAGAAGGUGAAUAUAUAGGAAGCUGUUCAGACGAUGGGUCUGUUGUAAUAAACAGCCUUUUCACUGAUGAGAAAAUGAGGUUUGAGUAUCAUCGCCCAAUGAAGGCUAUUGCUUUGGAUCCAGAUUAUGCAAAAAAAUCUUCUAGGAGAUUUGCAGCUGGUGGUUUAGCUGGUCAUUUAUAUUAUAAUACAAAAAGAUGGCUGGGCUUUAGAGAUCAGGUUUUGCAUUCUGGUGAAGGUCCUAUACAUGCAGUGAAGUGGAGAACAAGUCUCAUUGCUUGGGCUAAUGAUUCAGGUGUGAAAGUAUACGAUACUGCAAAUGAUCAGCGUAUAACAUUCAUUGAAAGACCACGAGGAAGCCCACGACCAGAACUUUUGCUCCCUCACCUAGUUUGGCAGGACGACACAUUGUUGGUCAUUGGCUGGGGAACAUCAAUCAAAAUAACGUCGAUAAAAACAAAUCAGUCUAGAGCAGCCAAUGGGACAGUUAAGCAUGUCUCGAUGUCAAUGUCUAAUAUGAACCAGGUGGAUAUCGUGGCAUCCUUUCAGACCAGCUAUUUCAUUUCUGGGAUUGCUCCUUUUGGUGACUCUUUGGUCGUUCUAGCCUAUAUCCCUGGUGAAGAAGACGGGGAGAAGGAAUUUAGUAGCUCUGUUCCAUCACGGCAGGGAAAUGCACAGAGACCAGAAGUACGUAUUGUAACAUGGAAUAAUGAUGAGCUUUCAACAGAUGCUUUACCUGUACAUGGCUUUGAGCAUUACAAAGCAAAGGACUAUUCCCUUGCUCACGCUCCUUUCUCAGGUAGCAGCUAUGCUGGUGGUCAGUGGGCUGAAGGUGAUGAACCACUGUACUAUAUUGUAUCCCCAAAGGAUGUAGUCAUUGCAAAACCCAGGGAUGCUGAAGAUCAUAUUGCCUGGCUUCUUCAACAUGGUUGGCAUGAAAAAGCUUUGGCUGCUGUUGAAGCAGGCCAGGGACGGAGUGAACUUCUUGAUGAGGUUGGUUCUAGAUACCUUGAUCAUUUGAUUGUGGAAAGAAAAUAUGCUGAAGCCGCAUCUCUGUGUCCCAAAUUGUUGAGAGGAUCUGCUUCAGCAUGGGGAAAGUGGACUAUGCUUCACAGAUGGGUUUUCCACUUUGCCCAUUUGCGCCAGCUUCCAGUAUUAGUCCCAUAUAUACCAACAGAAAACCCAAGACUACGUGAUACUGCUUAUGAGGUUGCUCUAGUAGCGCUGGCUACAAAUCCAUCUUUUCAUACGGAGCUCUUGUCAACUGUUAAAUCUUGGCCACCGGUGAUUUAUUCUUCAUUGCCUGUUAUCUCAGCUAUAGAACCUCAGCUGAAUACAUCGUCCAUGACAGAUGCUCUUAAGGAGGCUCUAGCAGAGUUGUACGUGAUUGAUGGGCAAUAUGAAAAAGCAUUUUCACUAUAUGCUGAUCUUUUGAAGCCAGACAUAUUUUCCUUCAUUGAAAAGCACAAUUUAUAUGAUUCCAUUCGGGAAAAGGUUGUCCAACUGAUGAUGCUAGAUUGCAAGCAGGCAGUUCCUUUAUUGAUUCAAAACAAGGAUUUAAUUACUCCAUCUGAAGUGGUCAAACAACUUUUGAAUGCAAGUGACAAGUGUGAUUCCAGAUAUUUCUUGCAUGCAUAUUUGCAUUCACUAUUUGAAGCAAACCCUCAUGCUGGAAAGGAUUUUCAUGAUAUGCAGGUAGAGCUUUAUGCAGACUACGAUUCAAAGAUGCUACUUCCUUUUCUUCGUAGUAGUCAACAUUAUAAACUUGAGAAGGCAUAUGAAAUUUGUAUUGGAAGAGGCCUUUUAAGGGAGCAAGUCUUCAUUCUUGGAAGAAUGGGAAAUGCGAAACAAGCCCUUUCUGUAAUCAUAAAUAAUCUUGGGGAUAUUGAAGAGGCUGUGGAGUUUGUAAAUAUGCAACAUGAUGAUGAACUUUGGGAAGAAUUAAUUCAGCAGUGUCUUCAUAAACCUGAAAUGGUAGGCGUGCUUUUGGAGCACACGGUUGGAAAUCUAGAUCCUCUAUAUAUAGUGAAUAUGGUUCCUAAUGGGUUGGAGAUUCCUAGGCUUAGGGAUCGCCUAGUGAAAAUCAUCACCAAUUACAGGACUGAAACAUCUCUAAGACAUGGGUGCAAUGAUAUCCUUAAGGCUGAUAUUGUCAACCUCUUGGUCAAAUACUACAAAGAGGCAAUACAUGGAAUUUACUUGAGCAAUGAAGAAGAUGAGGCACGGACGAAAAGGAAUGAUAGUAGGGCUUCUCAGGUGAUUGAGAAAUCACCAGGUGUGAGAAGUAUGGAGGUUAAAUCAAAACCUAGGGGUGGUGCAAGGUGUUGCAUGUGUUUCGAUCCCUUUUCUAUACAAAGCCUUAAUGUCAUCGUUUUCUUUUGCUGUCAUGCUUAUCACAUGACUUGUCUUAUGGAUUCCACCUAUACUAGUGGAAUAAAAGGGAGUGGGGCCACUUCCAGUGACAGAGUAGCAGAUUAUGAGUAUGGUAGUGUUGUGGAAGAAGAUGAUGAUGAUACCCAAUCGGGUGACUCUCGUAUGCGUUGUAUCUUAUGUACUACUGCUGCUAGUCGAGUUAAGUGA